AUGGCCCAUAUUGAGCAACAGGCUAAUCAGCACGGCCGUAGUCUCGGUCAAAUCACCACCUCGGCCUUCGUGACCUGCGACGCGAUGGCCACCCCGACAAACGUCUACACGACCACCACCAUCUACUGCGAGCCCUGCGCGCAGAAGACCAUCCCCAUCACCUGCCCCAUCCCGACCCCGACCGCCAACGUCGUCAUCAACGGCAACGGCGUCACGGAUGCCGCCAACCCCGUCAUCACCGGCGCCAGUGACGGUGCUAACUACCAGCACGGAGGUGGACAGACUGGCGGCGGCUCCAACCCCGGUGGAAACGGUCAGAGCAACAACCCUAACGGUGCCCCCUCCGGAAGCGCGGGCCAGGCUCCUGGCCAGCCUGGCGCUGCUGGUGCUGGUGGCCAACCCGGUGGUCAGCCCGGCCAAUCUGCUGUUCCCGGCGCCCCUGGCGCUCCUGGUACCAACCCUGCCAUACCACUAACAGUCGUCGUUGCAUCGGCACCGUCGUUCAAGAAGAGCCUGGGCCUGCUUUGUGCCGUCGCAAUGGCCGUCGGCCUCACUUCCCUUGCUUAG